AUGAAUGACGAUCCUGUUCAAAAUGGUUUAGAAAAAAUUCUCUCACAAGAUAUCAAUGAUGAAUUGUCAGUUAUUGAUCAAAUUGAGAAGCUAAUCAAAAAAUUUGGUAUCGAGAAAAUUGAAGCAUGGCGAAAUUCCGUUAAAACAAGAAAUACAUUAUUACAUGAACUGGUCGAAAAAAAAUGUCCAACUGUCAUUCAAUAUCUAUUAGCCAAAUAUAGCUUAGAUCGUACAGUUCACCGUGAAGCAGACGGUAAAACGCCUAUUGAAUUAGCUCAAGCCAAAGGAUAUGAAGACAUAGUAGAUGCAUUGGCAGAAUCCGACGAAAAAAAACCCAUAGCAGAAACUCCAGACGAUGACGAAUCUGAACCAAACAAAAAGAACAGGAUGAACAUUGUCUGGAUCGAUCUAGAAAUGACAUCUAUUGAGCAUCCCAAAAUCAUGGAAUGUGCUGUUAUUAUUACAGAUAAAAACAUGAAUGAAAUAGAGCGAGCUCAAUGGGUUAUUCAUUACGAUAAGGAAGAAUUGGAUACACUUGGUGAAUGGCAUCGAGAACAAUUUAAAUCUGUUAGUAAUGGUGGAAAUGGUUUAUUUCAAGAAUGCAUCGAUUCUAAGCUGUCAGAAGCAGAUGUCGAAGAAAAAUUACUCGCAAUACUUCAACGUCAUUGUCCAGAAAAAGAAUGUUCUCUAGCCGGUAGCUCGAUACAUACUGAUAAAGACGUUUUAAAACAGCGAAUGCUAAGAGCUCACGAUUAUCUGCACUAUCGUAUUAUUGAUGUUAGUUCAUUUCAAGGUGCGUUAAAACGCUGGGCACCGAAAAGGGACUCCGAAUUUGUCCGUAAACUAUCCAACACUGGACGAGAUACGGUUAACCAUCGAGCUAUGGAUGAUAUUGAAUAUUCAAUAGAACUUUUGAAAUUAUUCUAUCCAUUGUUAACUGGUCGUCCAUACCGAAGCAGAAGACCUGGAGAUCGAGCACUCAAUAGAAAUGGACGGAGUCAUGAUUUAGAAGCUUCUGCUUCGGCAAAUGUUAAUCGUUCGAUCGGAAAUUUUGAAACAGAACGAUCAACUUAUUAUGCUGAUGAAAAAUCACUUGAGGCUCGAUUGAAUCUUGAUAAAACUACUGAUGUUCCAGCUUUACAUCUAAACGAAAACGUUCAGUCAAUCUAUAAUCGUAAUCCACAUCUGCGCGAAAUUUUUAUUGACGAUCCGUCUAAAUUUGCAAUAAAGAAAAAGUUCAAAAAGGAAAAUCGCUUUCUUGAUUUGAAAACUACAAUUUUAAACUACAAACAGAAUAUGACGCGUAAUAUUACAACUGAACAUUGGGGAACACGAAAACUACUAUUAACAGACAUCGAAUUUCUAACAGAUUAUCGUGGUUCUGGAAGAUAUUUGGUAAUUUACGUAGGUGCUGCACCUGGUAUACAUAUUAAUCAUUUAAGUGAUUUAUUUCCUGACCUUGAAUUUGUUCUUAUUGAUACGAAAAAAGUUGAAACAAAAAAGACACCAUUUAUCCAUAUUCGCUCAGGAGACUUUAUGGAUGAUAUAGUGAAAGAAUAUUCUAAAUCAAAAAGAAAACUAUUAUUAAUCUCUAACGUACAUGUAUCUGGUUCCCAGGAUGAUUCAGAUGAUAACAUAUUAAAAGAAAUGGAAAAUCAAAAAUAUUGGCAUUUAAAUAUGAAGCCCAUUGCAUCUCUAUUAACAUUUCACUUCCCGCGGACGAUAAAUAAAAUAAAAUAUUUUGAAGGUGAUCUCAUAUUGGAGCCGUGGGCUUCAAGACGUGCUUCUAGCUGUCGUUUAAUGGUUUCAAGAGAGGCAUGUUCUAUUGACUACAACGUCAAACAGCUCAAGUCAUCUAUGGGUUAUUUUCAAAGUGUACUUCGAACGAACUAUUAUGAGCAUGAUUUAAAAGAUUCGAAUACCGAUGGACUCGAUCAUUGCUACGAUUGUCAAAGUGAAAUCUUUAUUUUAUCCGAAUAUUUAACUGAAAUACAAAAAGUUCCAAGAGACAAAGUACUAGAAGCUGUAUCAAAAAUGUCUCAAAAAAUAUCGGAAGCCAUUCAAGAUAAAAGCAGACCGCUAAUUACUGGCAAUAUGCGAACACUGGCGGCUAUUCCCAAAAAAUAA